CUCGUUUCAGUGUUUUUGUUUCUUGGUGAUCUGGAUUUUCCAGACUUAUGAUGAUCCGAUCAUUGUGUUACACAUUUACUUACUAAUAUUUUGAAAGGUGCUAUGGAUGCUGAUGUGGAAAGUAUCCAGACAGAGAGUGGAACGGAUGUUGUUGCUACUGAGAACAAAACUCCAGAGAACGUGAAAUCUGAAGAACGCAGUGAACCCUCCUCCCGCAGCCGUCGUCGUCGCAAUGCCAAAGCCGCGGCCAAAGCGCGAAAGGAAGCCGAAGCCCGUCUGGGUUCGUCGCUGUCCUCACUUUCCUUCGAUCACUCGCAGGAAUCGCUCAACCUCGCGGAAUCCCAUUCCAGCCUGGCCCCCUCCCUCUCCACCCCUUCUGCCAGUACCUCGAAGAAGGGCAAGAGCAAGAACAAAGCCAAACGCCAGAAAUCCGAUCCCACCCGCCUCAUGUCGCCGUUGAAGAACAAAUGCCAGCACGAGGAGAAAUUCGCCAAAGCAUUGGAGACGCGCGAGCAGAUUUUGUUGGAGAAGGCCGAGAAAGUGCGACUGCAGAGUAAGAAGGUGGAGGAGGUGCGGCAGGUCAAGGCGGCGGCGCUGCAGCAGAUCCGCGAUAAUAUCUCCGAUAAGAUGCAGCGCGCGGAGCGGAUUCGCGAGCAGAAGAUCACGACGAUUAAGAUUAAGGCACGGGAUGAAGCUAUCAAGGUGGAUGAGAUUAAUUUUAUCAAUAAUAUCAAGUCGCGGAAUCGGAUUAUGGAUGUCAUGGAAAAGGAACAGAAAGUCGUGUCGCGGCAGCAAAUUCUGGAGGAAGAACGCGCCAAGCGUUACGAAGAGAACAAAGCCCGCGACGCCGCUGUGGAAGAUCGCCGGCGUCAGCAGGAGCUGGACCGUGCGGCGAAACUGUCGGAAAUGGAGGAGAAGAAGCGCAUCAAAGUGCAGAAAGUCGAACAGCACGUCAACGAGCGUCUGCAGCAGGUGCGCGAGAAAGCCCGCGACCGGGCGCUGAAACUCUUCGCCAUCGAGAACGCGCAGCAGGAGAACCGGAAAACCCUACAGGAAAAGAUCCAGAAGAAGGUGGAGAUCAGCACCCGCCUGCACGAGGAGCGCAUCGAGUUGAAGCGGCUGCGGGCGCAGUAUCUGCGCAGUCCGCGGCCGGGCUCGGCGGAUUCGGCCAGCCACCUGCCGGAUGUGGAGACGUCCAGCCGGUAUCGGUCGCACACGACGGAGGUGUCGCCGCGGAAGGAUAAGGUCAUGAAGGGGAAGAUUGAGAUGCAGGUGGAGAUUAACCAUAUUGCCGCGCGCUAUGAGAAAAUGGGGAAGAAACUGCGGACUAAACUGCUCAAACGAGACGGACCCGUUGAACCGGUGAUACGGCAGGCGAAAUGGGAAAGCGGAGAUGUGUCGUCUGCCUUCGAAUUGUUGGAGUGUUUGAAAUACGCUACCGGUUGGGGGUCGUGGACGGCGCAGAUCACCCAGACUCUGGAGCCGUGCCUGGAACGACUGGCCAAACAGCUCGUAUCGGCCAACAGAUCCAAAGAUACCAUGAUGGUUGUAGAAUUAAAACGCGGCAUUUUGCGCAUCGUGGAGCAAUCGGUCGGGAUCAUUGGUCUGUGCAUGGGCGGAGACCGGCCGACCAAUGUCCCGGAGAAGCCCAUCUGUUCCGUGUACAAUUUACUGUAUACAUUGCUGGCGUAUGAUGCCUUCCGCUUCCUCCUGGCGACCGAUGUCUUUGUGGGUUUGGUGGAACAGGCCAAGUACUUCAGUGAAUUGCUCGUGUUUGGCAAGACCAAUGGCAAGCCGAAAGUUCCCGUGGCGGUCUUUGAUAGCUGUUUCAAGGCGUUGGAAGUUAUGUUCCGCAGUUUCGAGCAUUUCUGCCGCAAAGACAUCCCCGACGCCAUCAGCGAGCGCAUCACCGACUUUAUCCGUUAUUUCAUGACCUGCGGCAUCCUGCAGAUGAUCGGCCGCUAUCACACCCUGCAGCUGCACCAAUCCGACGGGAAACUGCCCUAUCUCCGGCGGAACUUCCAGUUCACCACCUGGAUCAGUCGACUGAUGUCCGCCCGCAAGGCAGCCGUUACCCAGGGCGACAAAUUCAACGCCGAUCUGGACUGCUGUGUACAGUACGAACUGUUGGUGUUCCGCGAUGUCCUCAAAUCGGCCCCGGUGUUCGGCAGCGUGACGCUGCUGUAUGAUUUGUUGCGAUUGGGACGGUCGCGGCCCCGUUGUCUGGAGUCGUGUCAGGCGGAGAUUCCCGAGGAUUCCUACCGGGUGGCCGUGGAUGUGGUGCGGAUGUUGAGCUGUGUGGGAAACGCGGAUCUCGUCCCGCUACAGACCGCGUUUCGGGAUUUAACCUUGAGCAUUCAGUUCCGGCACAUCUGCUCCUUCCUGAUCGACCACUGUCUGACCUUUCUGGAGGAGCGGGCCUACCUGCUGCACGACGUCGUGCUGCUGAUCGGGCAGUUCGCCUUCUUCAGUCCGGAACAUCAGGACAUUGUGCACGCCGGGCAUCCGCCGAAUCUCCUGCAACAGCUGGCACGCUUCCCGGUCGAGUACUUGACGGUGCGCAUUCUACAGGAUAUUCUGCUGCCCACGCUGAUUAUCUGCUGCUAUCAGAAUCGGAAAAAUUGCUCUAUUUUGGCGGAGGAAAUGGAUCUGAAUCAUUUGAUGCUAUAUAUCAAGUGCUGUGAAAUGAAUUUAUGGCCAAGCAGAACAAUGGAGGACCAUCUUCGCGUUGCACUUUCCGCUACACCGCGUUAUGGAAAAAUGUUCAAAGAUCACUUCGAAGAAGGUAAAGACAGCCGUUUCGACUUAGGAUUGCUUAACGAUUUCUUGCGGUACGCGUUGGAGAACCGGUUUCCCCAUUCCGAGUGGAAUGCAGCGGCGGCGUUUUUCUAUCAGAGUUCCGAGGAAGAUGAGCAUCUCCUCAAUCAGCCCGAGGAAAAGCAACAGGAUACAAAGGAAUUCUUUGAGGAAAUGUGCCUGUUACUGGAGUAAUCUCCGCUGAAAAAUCGAUAUGUGAUCUGUACAAUGAAUCUUCUCUGCAUGAACGACUCGGUAUCACUUGUUUGACUACUGUGAUUAUUUUUCUGCGAUGGGUCUGUAAAUGUGUAUUGCAUUCGGUUUGCAAAAAUUAAAU